GCCCUGGUCAAAAUGAGCACAGAAAGGGGUGAACAUGUCGUCAUUGAUACCUACUACACCACAGUCCAUACACUGGGUAGGCAGAAUGGAAAUGAGGGCAGUCGGCUCCGCUACAUGCAGAAAGAUGGCAGGUUUCCUGUGGUUUUCCACAAGGUCCCUGGGGACUGGAGUCCAUACCUGCUGGACAUCUUCACCACUCUUGUAGAAAUCCGCUGGAGGGUGAUGCUCCUCAUAUUCUCUCUCUCUUACAUUCUCUCAUGGCUGUUCUUUGGUCUCUGUUAUUGGCUCAUUGCAUAUGUGAAUGGAGACAUUCACAAUGUUGAUAACAAACCCUGUGUGGACAAUGUGCGAGGCUUUACAGGAGCCUUCAUGUUCUCGAUGGAGACCCAAGCAACUAUUGGCUAUGGCUUCAGGGGGAUGACAGAGAACUGUAUUGUGGCCAUUGUUGUGGUGACAGUUCAAGAUGUAUUUAGCUGCCUCCUUGACACCAUUGUCAUUGGUAUCAUUGUGGCUAAAAUGGCAUCUGCUCGUAAGAGAGCUCAGACAGUGGGUUUUAGCAGCUGUGCAGUAGUCAACCUGCGAGAUGGGGUUCUGUGUCUGUCAUGGCGCCUUGGGGACUUCAGAGGUAAUCACAUCCUGGAGGGGGUUGCCAGGGCCCAGUUAGUCCGCUAUGUAAAACAGCCACUGGGGUCUAUUGUAAUGUCCUAUCAGGACUUGGACAUCCAAAACUGGGACAUUGUCCUUGCCACACCAACCACUAUUAUUCACAAGCUGGAGCCUGGCAGUCCCCUCUACAGUCUGGGCCCCGAUGAUCUACUGGGGGACGAAUUUGAACUGGUUGUAUCUUUCACUUACACUGGAGACUCCACAGGUAUGCUGCACCAGACACGUACCUCCUACACACCAGCAGACAUCCGCUGGGGUCAGUGUUUCCAAGACAUGUUGAAACUAAGCAAGAAACACUACAAGGUGGACUACGCUCUGUUCAAUGAGACCACAUGGGUGCCGGUGCCCCUGCUCAGUGCAGAGGAGUUUGACAGACAGAGAUGCCCUGUAGAGGGCAGUCAACCCUACAAUCGACUCUUGCCUCCAUUCAAAAGAAAUGGACACACUUGCCGGGUGAAUCUUGACAUCACUGAAGAGGUGAUUCAGCAAACCUGUUUGUAG